AUGUCUUCCUCAUUACCGACGCCGCCAUCUAUCCUCCUCCCCCACCUCCCUCCCAAGACCCACGUCGGUAUCGACCUCAUCUCCUUCACCUCGACGCCUAAUUUCCACGGUAUCCGAGAGCCCCCGGAAGGAUGGCACUUCCUCUAUACUGGAACUACCGCGAGUUUGUCGUUGCGGUGCGGCUCAUGGUUCUAUGUGGGAGAUAUCAGCGCAGCAGGGCAUGGCCAAAAUGAUACCGCGCUCGUGGUACGAGAUGAGCGCACCGGAAAUCAGCGGACCGGUCCGGAAAUUCACAUCUGGAAAUGGAACGCAGACACAGAAUCGCUUUCGUCACUCCGGGAAGGCAAUGACUCAGAGCGGCUGGAAGCCAUGCGCCUCAAGGCGAAUUUGGGUUCGCUCUGGCGGGCCGGGGGCCUUUUUCGGUAUCGAAGUCGCGUAUCGAAGGUCAGGUUAUCCGACCAUUCUAGCACAAAGGAGGGCGUGGUGAAAGUGAAGGAUGAUGAGGAGACCGAGUUGAAUGGUCGCAAAGACUGGCAACAGCUCACCGACUGGAUCUCGCCUAGACUCUUAACCCGCAUCACUGGAAGCCCUGAAAUGGACGUGGAUGGACACCCGCGGUGGAAUUUGACGUCUGCCGGUACUGCCAAUCGUGAUGCGGAUCAUAUUCCCGGGCUUGAUAAACCCGCAGAAGGGUCAACUAGUGAUGCGGACGCAGAUCAAGAACAGGAGGCCGAAUUCGGAUUCCUCCCAGUCGAUCUGAGACGAACAUGGCGAGAAGGUGCUAUUGGACGGGAGAGAACAGAGGCUGCUCAAGACCGGUCUUGGGCUCUGGGAGACCUCAUUCUUCGAAAUUCAAGCUUAGUCUCCGGUGAAACAACCGUCGACGAACGAACCGGGGAGAUUCAGGUCCUUGGAGAACUGCAGUUUACGUUUUUGAUGGUCAUGACCUUGAUGAACUUUUCAUGUCUUCAGCAAUGGAAGCGACUGCUAGAGCUUAUUUUAACUUGCCGUCAAGCCAUUGUGGAUAGAGAGAUGUUCAUUAGUGACGUUGUUCGGUUAUUGUUGUUGCAGCUACAACGGUGCGACGAUGUGGAUGGGGGCCUCUUUGGGAUGGAUGGGGACGAUGAUGGAAGGUUUUUGCGGAGCCUGCUCAAGAAAUUCCAACGAGCAGUGGAUCAGGUCAUUGAGAAGGGGACCAAGUCAAAAGUCAAGACAGAGCUCGACAAGUUAAGAGCUUGGGCCAAAGACGAAUACGACUGGGAAUUGGCCCAUGAAGAUAUCGUGAAAGAGGGCAAAAUCCGACUUGAAGACGGCGAAUUAGUCGACAUGGAUAUUGAUGAGAAUGAUGAGUACGAGGAGACUGGCGAAUAUGCUCCUCUUGUCGUUGAUCUGGGUGACGAUAAUACCGAGACCCAGUCUGUGUCUGACGAUGGAGAGGCGUCAGACUUGGAGGACAUGAGAUACUGA